CAUCCAAUUAAAUUAUAUAUACAUAUGUCAGUAGGUGUAGUGAGUAACAUUUUUAAGUGAUGCACAGAUUAUUGUGAAUCCGUAAAUGUCAAAUAAGAACAAUUAUACUACGAUUUAUUGAGGUCAAACAUUUAGAUGAACCUGUCUGUGAGUGUUCUCUUUUAAACUCAAAAUUUGUGUGUAAUCAUACCACUUGUUUAUGGUAUACCUGUCAAUUGUCUAAUUAUUGGUUUCAGAAGUAUUUAUGGAUAUUUUCUUCUCGUAUUUAAAUAACAUUCAAUUUGAGUCAUUCUCAUAUUCUGGUUUCUCUUUCAGAUAAAGUCAGAUAGUUGAAUGUGUAUAUUCAAUAACUGGAUAAAUGAUGUUUUCACAUGAAAUAAAAACGUUCACAAUACGAUCUCAUCAUUCUAUUCAAAUGAAAAGGUUAAUAUUGAAUUGUUUGCUAAUUUUGUCAGUCCUCAUGCUGUCUUGUCUACUAUAUUCGUUCAUUGGAGUCAGCAAUGAUUUAAAUCAGUUUCAGGCAGAAAAAUACAGUGAAGUUAAAAGAAUUUGUGAAUAUUUGCUCACAACCAAAGGUGUGAAUCCCAAUAAUGGAGUUUAUGAAAGUAUUCAGUCAAAUGCGGACCAAAGCUCUAUGUAUUUAUCAAAUCCUCAUAAAUGUGAAGAGUUUAAAUUGUUCCAUGGUCAUGUCAUUCAAUCCUCAAUUGAAGAAACACUAUUUCCUUUAGCAUUCAGUUUAUCUGUUCAUCAAAACAUUAAACAAGUAUCACGUCUACUUCGACUGAUAUACAGACCACAUAAUUUGUAUUGUUUUCAUGUAGAUUCUAAAUCCCCAAUUGAAUUUUAUGAUCAAGUGUUAGAGUUGGCCCGAUGUUUUGGUUUAAAUGUUAUGGUGUUGAACCGGACAGAAAGUAUAAAUAUUCAGUGGGGAUAUUAUUCCUUACUUGAAGCGUUUCUUGUAUGUGCGGACAAAUUAAUGAAAAACACAGACUAUAUGUGGAAAUAUCUAUUGAAUUUGAGUGGACAAGAAUUACCUUUGAGGACAAACUGGGAGUUGGUUGCACCAUUGAAAGCAAUAAACGGAUCAAAUGUCGUUGAAGGCUUAGGUCCAAAUUUCUACCCUUGGCGUUGGCCUAAAAAGAAUUUCUCAUUUCCUUUAUUCCAAGAAGUUUCAUUAUAUGAAGUAUUUAUAAAAUGA